CGAUGAUGAUCGGAUCCCAUUCCUUUAAUUUUCGAUGGUGGCUUUUUAGGGUUUUUCGUUUUAGGGAUUUUUUAUUUAGGGUUUCUGUAGUUCGGAUUCUUUUAGGGUUACAUUAUUGCGUAUAUUGUUGCCGAAACAAAGUGGGAGGACUAUCGGAAAUGUAUUUCGAACCGAAGGAAUCAGCUACUGUAGACAAGGGUAUUGAUUGAUGCAUUGAUUUGGGGUUUGUUCUGUGGGAUUCAUCAACCCCGUGACGAUGGCGAUCGGAUCUGAUUCUUCUGCUUAUCCUUGCUGGCUCUUUAUGCUUUCAAUUUUAGGGUUUUGUUUAUGUCUUGAACUUCUGGAUUAUUUUAGGGUUUUUCUGUUGCUGAGUUAUAGUCGUUGGCGACAAGAGAAAUAUGAUGUCCUCUCGGAAUUUGGGGAAAUCGGAGAUAAGAGGUGUAGCUUGGAAUUGGGUUGUUUUUGUGGAUUUUCUUUGUAGAAGAAAGAGUUAUAUUGGUUUAGAUCACUGAUGUCUCUCUCCUACAUCUUUAUUGAUUGAAGAUCUACCUAUGUUUUUGUAUAUAUAGCAUCAUUAUGGAUAUAAAGGCAAAAAGGGUGUCAUUGUAUAAGCGGCUUGGUGGACGACAUCAUGGUCAUGGACAUGCUAUGAACAAAAACAAGGUCUGUUCCUUUUGGCUUGAGGGCAGAUGCAGCAGGAACCCAUGGAGCUUCUUACACCUGGACUUACAACCAGCCCCACAAUCACAUAAACAGUACCUUUUGGCACAUGAAGAUAGCAGUGUUCGGUCCAAAUGGACUUGGAGUAGUCCAAAAUACAAUAGCUCCAAGAGUGCACUAAAUGGUGAAGCUGCUUGUAAAGAUAGUACUCAAGAGGCUCAACAAAAGGUCACAAAAAUUGGAGAAGUUGAAGGGGUGACAGUUGUCGCUACUUGCAUUCAUGGUUUAUUGGCCGUCACUGGGAUUGCCCUUCCAUCUGGGUUUGACAAGCUCUUCUCAAGUAGCAAUGACAAAUCUGUCCGGCUUUGGGACUGCAAUACUGGUCAGUGUACUGCUGUUUUUAACCUUGAGAACGCAAUUGGUACUUUGAUCACUGAAGGCCCAUGGGUGUUUGUGGGAUUGCCAAAUGCUGUUAAGGCAUGGAAUAUUCAGGCUGAUGCUGAACUCACUCUAGAUGGACCAUCUGGGCAAGUUUAUGCCUUGGUUGUGGGUAAUGACAUGCUGUUUGCUGGCACAGAGGACGGCUCCAUACUAGCCUGGAAAUCCAGUUUUGAAACCAAUUACCCUGAACUGGCUACAUUGCUGAAGGGUCACAGCCGUGCUGUAAUUUCCCUUGUUGUUGGAGUCAAUAGGCUCUACUCAGGUUCCAUGGACAAGACGAUAAGAGUCUGGGACCUACAAACUUUUCAGUGCAUUCAGACACUUAAUGGUCAUGCGGAUGCUGUGAUGUCUGUGCUUUGCUGGGAUAGCUUCUUGUUAUCUGGUUCCCUCGACAGUACAAUAAAGGUUUGGGCCGCAACUGAAAGUGGGAACUUGGAAGUAGUAUAUGAACAUAAUGAAGAGCAUGGAGUUCUUGCACUUUGUGGGAUAUACGAUGCUGACGCCAAGCCUAUUCUGCUUCGCUUAUGUAAUGACAAUAUUGUCCGCCUAUAUGACUUGCCAACAUUUAUUGAAAGGGGAAGAAUAUUUUCAAAGUGGGAAGUUCGAGCUAUUCAGAUUGGUCCUGGGGGCCUAUUUUUCACUGGAGAUGCAACUGGGCAGCUCUUUGUCUGGAAAUUGCUUGGGGAGACAAGUUUUCGCCUUCAUGAAAAUGUUUUUGUAUAGAGAAUUCCCUUGUAAAUACACGAAACUUGUAGCGAAGGAGAAGUACAGGUGUAAAAUUUCAUUCGGCUUAGUGAAAGCAAUUCAUUUAAGAAUAUCAAUGUUAUUAUUUGAAGUAUUCUUUUCUGGACAGAUACUGUCUGUAAUGCAUUCUGGGUAUAUUUUGG